AUGGAAGGAAUAGAAGAAAUCAGAAUUGGAGGAAGAAAAUCACAUUUAGCUAUAGUUCAAAGUGAAAUAGUUAAAGACUUGAUUGAAAAAAAUUAUUCACAAUAUAAAUGUUCAAUCACAGCAUUAAAUACUUUAGCUGAUGAUAAUUUGGACAAAGCAUUAUACACAUUUGGUGGUAAACCAGUAUGGACACAAGAAUUAGAAAAUUUAUUAACCAAAGAUGUUGGAGAUUUCAAACAAAUAGAUUUAAUCGUUCAUUCGUUAAAAGACUUACCGACCAACUUACCUGAAGAUUUUGAAUUAGGGGCCAUUACAAAAAGGGAAGAUCCAAGGGAUGCUAUAAUUAUGAAAGCUGGCAGUACUUACAAAUCGUUAAAAGAUUUACCCGAUGGUUCAGUUGUCGGUACUUCAUCGAUUAGAAGAUCUGCUCAAUUAUUGGAAAAAUACCCUAACUUGAAAUUUGAAAGUGUUAGAGGAAAUCUUGAAACAAGACUCAGAAAAUUGGAUAAUGAUAACAAAUAUGAAUGUAUAAUAUUAGCAGCUGCAGGUUUAAUAAGAAUUGGAGCAGAUCAUAGAAUUACCAAAUGUUUAGAUAGUGAUGAAAUGUUUUAUAGUGUUGGGCAAGGUGCUUUAGGAAUUGAAAUAAGGAAAAAUGAUCAUAAAAUAAAGGAAAUCUUAUCAAAAGUCAACCACUUAUCUACAAGUUAUAGAUGUUUGCUGGAAAGAUCCUUAAUGAGAUUCUUGGAAGGUGGAUGUUCUGUGCCUUUGGGAGUUAUAAGUGAAUUUAAUGAAUCAACAAAUGAUUUAAAAUUAAAAGCCAAAGUUGUUUCUGUUGACGGUCAACAAUGUGUAGAAUGUGAAUUAAAUAAAACAAUCACCAACAAUCAAGAUUGUGAAGAUUUAGGUGUUGAAUUGGGUAAAAAAAUGAUUGAAAACGGUGUCAAAAAGAUAUUAGAUGAGAUCGACUACGAAAAUAUCAAUCAAAAUCCAAAUAGAUCUUAA